CAAAGCAGCCUGCGCAUUGGUACAGGACGAGGAAGUCCUGUUCUUGUCAGUCUCGAACUAAAGGAUUUGCCAGUUCCUUGCUGAGUGCGCAUGUGCAGGUGACGUGUAAGACGCUACAGUGGUUCCCUGACAAUCACACGACACGAUGAAACCUUAGGCUUGCCAGAAGGAAUAUUGGAAUUUCAACCAAAAUCAGAAUUAUGAUGCCAGGUGGGCCUCAACAGUUCAUCUGCAACAGAACUAUGUUACCUACAUUGUGAAGUUCUGCCACGUCAAGGAAAGUGUCUUGUGAAGAAUCAUCGACUGUCACUUUGCACUGAAUUCAGCCAAAGGACUCUACAUGGUGAAGUGUAGCUGGUGACAGAGACCUGCAAGUUUUCUCCUAGUAAGUGGAUUGCUAAUCCUACCACCAUGGAUUUCUCACGUUUUCUAGCUGAUGACUUUGAGGUAAAGGUAUGGGUAAAUGCAGCUUUUAAGACCGUUCAAAAAGAUGCACCAACCAAGGUGGACACACAUGCCUCUACUCUGGUAAUGAAACUGCAACUCUUCAUCCAGGAGGUGAACAACUCAGUGGAAGAGAUCAGUCACCAGGCGUUGCAGAACAUGCCCCGAGUUCUACGCGAUGCGGAAGCAGUUAGGCAAGAGGCAUCAUUCUUGAAAGAGCAAAUGAUCCUUGUGAAAGAAGAUAUCAAGAAAUUUGAGCAAGACACUGCUCAGUCCAUGCAGGUUCUGGUGGAGAUGGAUAAAGUAAAGUCUCGUAUGCAGUUGGCUUCAGAGUCUCUGCAGGAAGCGGAUAAAUGGAGCACACUGAGUGCAGAUAUAGAGGAAACGUUCAAAACCCAGAACAUCACUGUUAUCUCUGAGAAGCUGACCAGCAUGCAAGUGAGCCUCACAAUAUUGGUAGACACCCCAGACUACUCUGAGAAAUGUGUUUAUUUGGAGGCCCUCAAGAACCGUCUGGAAGCAAUGUGCAGCCCACAGAUUGUAGCAGCAUUCAACAGUCAAUCAGUGGAUCAGGCCAGGAUGUUUGUAAAGGUCUUCAGCGAAAUCGACAGGAUGCCACAGUUACUUGCUUAUUACUACAAAUGCCACAAGGUGCAGUUGGUGACUGUGUGGCAGGAGCUCUGUCAAAGCGACAUGCCUCUAGACCGGCAGCUGACUGAGUUCUACGACACACUUCUUAGUGCCUGGCACACCCAGCUGCAUUGGGUAUCUCAGGUAUUUAAAAAGCCCCAAGAAGUGGUGACUGUGCUUAUGAUCCAGACUCUAGCUGCUAUGGUCCCAUCUAUUCCUGUGUGUCUUAGCACGGCCAUGGAACAUGCCUCUCCAGAGGACAAGCUCAGCACCCUUCUGGAGCUCUACAACUCCACAGUUCACUUUGCCAAGACGAUGGAGUCUGCUGUCUUUCCUAGCAUUGGGGAAUACAAUCUGGUCAAGUUGAUUGAAUUGGUGGACGCUGUAUUUGGACCAUACAAAACUUUUCAGUUACAGUACGGUGACCUUCAGGAAUCACACCUCUUGAUACAAAUUAGCGCAGUACCUUUGGAACACGGAGAAGUGCUAGACUGCGUUCAGGAGCUUUCCCAUUCUGUCUCCCGGCUCUUUAGCCUGGCAUCAGGGGCAGUGGACAGAUGCAUCAAGUUAACCGACGGACUAGGGUUGUGUGGCCUGCUGCAGGCUCUCAAGUCGCUUUUUAAAAAGUAUGUUUCAGACUUUACCCUGACACUUCAGUCAAUAAGGAAGAAGUGCAAGUUGGACAGCAUCCCCUCUGAUUCCUUAUUCCUGGAAGACUGGUCGGCCUUCCAGAACUCGGUCAGGAUUAUCGGCACCUGCGGGGAGUUGUUACGUCAGUGUGGAGACUUCGAGCAACAGCUAGCAAGCCGGUUUCUGUCUAUAGCAGGGAAGCACCUGUCAGAUUCCUACAGCCCACGCAGCCUAACUGGCAUCCAGGAGACUGGCACAUCUGAUCGUAAAACUGUCCGGAAUCCUUGGCAUGAGUACAACUACCUACAGAAGGGAGACCCGGCACAGUACGCUAUCUUGAUGGAGACCCUGUACAUGCUAAAGGAGAAGGGGGCUGUCAGCACCAGCCUUCUUGCUGCCUCUCGCUCGGCUUUCACGCGCCAGAACCAGGUGGCCCACCAGCUGGCAUUUGAUUCCGUCUUUCUGCUCAUCAAACAGCAGCUCCUUCUGGUUCCCAAGAUGGAGAGCUGGGGAUAUGAAGGCUCGGGGGAAACACUGACGGAAGACCUUCCUACGUUCAGCCUCACUCCUCUUGAAUAUAUUAGCAAUAUUGGACAGUACCUCAUGUCCCUCCCUCUGCAUUUGGAGCCUUUUGUCACGCCAGAAGAUUCUACUUUGGAACUCGCAUUGCAUGCUGGGAAACUGCCAUUCCCUCCUGAGCAAGGAGAGGAAACGCCAGAGUUAGAUAACAUGGCCGAUUACUGGCUGGGCUCUCUUGCGCGAGCCACAAUGCAGACGUACUGUGAUGUCACCCUGCAGAUCUCCGUGCUCACGCCUCACACCACCAAGCAGCUGGCAACAGAUAUAGAUUAUCUGAUAAACGUGAUGGAUGCGCUGGGUUUGCAGCCUACUCGGACUGUGCAGCACAUUGUCGCCCUUCUCAAAGCCAAACCUGAAGAAUACAGACAGGUUGCUAAGGGCUUGCCCCGGAAACUCUCCUCUUCUAUUGCAGCCAUGAGAAGCCUUGAGUACUAAACUAAACUAACAGCACAUGAUUCUGCCCCGCUGGUACCUUGCUAAACUGACCAAUACCCAAAUACUGUAAAUGUUGUUUAUUGCUGAACAUAUAAAAAUGAUUUCCUACAA